GAUCUCAACAUUGGAGAAGGAAAAGUAACAGAGGUUCAGGGAUCAACAGAGCAGAGGUGGAAAGCUAUCUGAAGGACAUGGAAGGAAUCAGUCACCUAUGCCUCCAUUUCAGUCUUAGCACAAGCAGACCCCAGAGUCAGCACAGGACAGUUCAGGCAGGCUUGUUGAAUGUUGCCUGCAAGAUGAGAAUUUGCUGUGCUACUCCCUCAGUGGAAGAAGCAGUCCAGUGUUCUGACAGUUGUGAUAGUCAUAUGCCACAGAAUUUUUGAAUUGCUGGGAACUAAAAGAUUAUCCACUCCAAUACCUCCAUUUCUAGAUAAAGACAUCAGCACAGGGAGUGAUAACCAAUUGGCGAUAGAGUAACAAAUGAAAAGUAACCUGACUCCAUUAACCUGCUUACCUCUGCCUGGGAAUGAUGGAAAAAAGCAGCCUUUUGCUUUGAAACGGUGGAACAGAUAUGGAGUAGCUCCUUUCAUCGUGCCUCCUCUUAUAUUUUUGCUCAUCUAGUUCCAGACCAGUUGAAAACAGCAAAUUGCUCAUUUGAAAACAGUCGGAGUCACAAGAACAGCCUGAGAAAAUGGCAUGUAACCUACCAAACCAAAGACAGCGGUCUAUGUCAACAAGUGGCGAAGCUCUAUAUGAAAUUCUUGGUCUGCAUAAGGGAGCAUCAAAUGAAGAGAUUAAGAAAACCUACAGAAAACUGGCCCUGAAACACCAUCCAGACAAGAAUCCAGGUGAUCCAGCUGCUGCAGAAAAGUUUAAAGAUAUCAACAAUGCCCAUAGCAUACUGACUGACACAUCAAAGAGAAACAUAUACGAUAAGUACGGAUCACUGGGACUCUACGUGGCCGAGCAAUUUGGAGAGGAAAAUGUCAAUACCUACUUCAUGCUGUCAAGCUGGUGGGCAAAGACUCUAUUCAUCAUCAUUGGCCUUUUGACUGGCUGCUAUUUUUGUUGCUGCCUAUGUUGCUGCUGCAACUGUUGUUGUGGCCACUGCCAGCCCAAAUCAUCAAUGCCAGAAGAUGUCUAUGUAUCACCAGAAGACCUUGAGGAGCAGAUCAAUACUGACCUGGAAAAAGAUGACAGCAGAGAUGUGGACUUUCCAGUUGUUCUUCAGCCUACAAAUGCAAAUGAGAAAACACAGCUAAUCCAAGGACCUCGAAGUUAUUGCACAGAUUCUUGAUUCCUAGUCUCCUGAGGGUCCACAGUACUUCUUCUCUAUUCAGUUAUUUCUCUAGGUGGACAUGAGGAGGAGAAGGUCGUGAAAUGCUGGAAACUUUUUGAAAUUUGUGUUUUGCUUUAGGUUAGGAGUAAAUUAUUGUUAUGUAAUUUUCUCAGAAUGCAGACUUAUUCUUUGA